AAAACAGCUGGAGUGCUUUUCCCCAGAUGUUGUUACAUAUGUUAUCCACAGCGCGGCCCGCUUCUCUUUUCCCUUCCCGCUGCAAACCGCAGGUCACCGACCCGCCGAAGGUACUGGAACAUGUCGAGGUGCUCUCAUCGCAGCACGCAGCGACUACGUGUCCGUCAUGCGGUACCGUUGUGGUGUUCGCUUUAGCACGUCAACCCCCCCCCACCAAUAACUAUAAAGGCAAAUCCCCCCUCAGCCUCUGCAGAUCAGCUGCAUCAGUGUUUCCCACUGAGGGUCACGUGACCACACACGCUAUGGGAAUAUGUAGGGAUGCCGCCGCUCGUGCACUUUGCGCCCUCUCUGUUGAUUCCAGUACGACGCCACGCAUCUGUCCCCCCCCCCCGGUAGGUAAUUGAUUGCGCGGAUGGUUCUUGUUAGCGGCGUAGGAGGCGUGUGAGGGCUCAGCCCUCGGCCUCGACCAAUGGAAGGGAGGGCAAGGCUCUACACCCGCGCUCGGGGGCCCUCCAUAUAUAACCGCCGCGAAACCCCCACGACUCACUGUUCAUCGUCCCGCACGCGCCGCUGCUUUCUGGGAGUCGCGUAUCUUAAGGGGGAAGUGGCGAGUAGGAUUGUCUGAUGCUAAACAAGUCACCUGGGAAGGUGUUUGCGUGACGUUCUGGUUUGGUAUUUAGGUGUUUUUCAAGGGAGAGGAUGUCACAAAUAGCUACAGAAGCUGAUGGUUUUUGGAUAAUAAUGUUAAUUUUGGGGAGAACUCUUAAGAAUUGAGCAAGAUUAUGCUCCUCUGAAGGUAGAGAUCUAUUCAUCACCUUUAUUCUCGGUUAUCUCUGUCUGUAUGUCUUAAAGUAAGUAAAGCCAGUGAGAAGUCUGACUGCGUGUUACAUUGUUACAUAUUGUAAUAUGUUUAGGAAUUCAUCUUUAUCAAAAGAUGAAGAGGAAAUCAUUUUGACUUGUUAUUACAGGGUUGGGGAGUUUAAUCCGAAACACACAUUUCAUGAAAUGACAUAAAGUCAAAAAACUGAGUAAAGAAAAGACCAAUUCCAUCUAUUGGGUAAAUGUAAAGGAGUUGAUACAUUAUUCCUCCGGAGGGGAAGACUUGAAUUGAGUAAAUGUGCUUUGCUGCUCUUCUGCUCGCCGUCCUCUUCGUCAGUUCCACGAUGGACAACGAGUCCCGCUCGGUGCAGCUGAACGGGAAUAAAGUCCGCGGCCAAACCGGCGGCAACAGCCGAAGACAGAACUCGCCUGGAGUCGGAGGCGGCGCCGGUCCCACCAAGGCCGCGAGCCGCAGGCAGAGGUGGGACGUGAGGCCCUCCGAGAUGGCCAACAACACCCUGAAUCCCAUCAGGGCCAUCGUGGACGGGAUGGAGCUCACGCCCAACCCGGACAAACCCAUGAUCUCGCUUUCCAUAGGGGAUCCCACUGUGUUUGGGAAUCUGCCGACAGAUAACGCCGUGCUGCAGGCGCUGAAAGACGCCAUAGACUCCCAACAGUACAACGGCUACGCUCCUUCUGUCGGUUACCUGAAGAGCCGGCAGGCCGUAGCCAGCUUCUACAGCUGCCCCGAGGCGCCGCUGGAGGCCGAGGACGUGAUUCUGGCCAGCGGCUGCAGUCAGGCCAUCGACCUGGCUAUCAGUGUCCUGUGCAACCCCGGGGACAACAUCCUGGUCCCGUGCCCGGGCUUCUCCCUCUACAAGACCCUGGCUGUCUCCAUGGGCAUCGAGGUCAAACUCUACAACCUGCUGCCAGAGAAAUCGUGGGAGGUGGACCUGCAGCAAAUGGAGAGCCUGAUUGACGAGAGGACGUCCUGCAUGAUCGUCACCAACCCGUCCAACCCGUGUGGCUCCGUCUUCAGCGAGGAACACCUGCGGAAAAUCCUCCAAGUGGCCUCCAGACGCUGCGUCCCCGUUCUGGCGGAUGAAAUCUACAGCGACAUGGUUUUCCCGGGAUGCAGCUGCCCGUCCAUGGCGUCCCUAAGCACCGACGUGCCCGUCCUCUCCUGCAGCGGCUUGGCUAAGCGCUGGCUGGUUCCCGGCUGGAGGAUGGGAUGGAUCCUCAUCCACGACAGGAACGACGUGUUUGGGUCAAAGAUCCGCCAGGGCCUGUUGAAACUGAGCCAACGCAUCCUGGGAGCCUGCACCGUCGUCCAGGGAGCCCUGGAGAGCAUCCUCAACAACACGCCCCAAGGCUUCUACGACAGCACCGUCGGCUUCCUGAAGACCAACUCUGAGAUCUGCUUCAAUGAGCUGAACGCCGUCCCCGGCCUGAACCCCGUCAUGCCCUCAGGAGCCAUGUACCUCAUGGUGGGGAUUGACAUGGACCACUUUCCAGGCUUUAAGGACGACGUGGACUUCACUCAACAGCUGGUGACCGAGCAGUCCGUCUUCUGUCUCCCUGCCUCGGCCUUCGAGUACCCCAACUUCUUCCGCAUUGUGGUGACGGUGCCCGAGGAGAUGAUGGUGGAGGCCUGCGGUCGGAUCCGGGACUUCUGUCGGCGCCACCAUCGGCCCCGCAGCCGCAACGGCAACGACCUGGACCAGUGACGGCGUCCCCGCCGAGCGCGGAGCGCGGAGGACGGCGCCGUCAAACAUCCGCUGAUGGAACCGGCUUUGGCGUUUUUAUUCUGCCGUAUGUCCAGUUAAAGAUGAAGGAGUUAGGAUGCAGAAAACUGCGCGUCGGCGUCAGCGCGGCGACGUAAAGGCGUCUGACUGUGAUGUGAAGCGUCUGCAGCGAGAAGACCUAAUAUUUAUAUUUUAUACAGGCAGCGUGUUUGUGUGUAUUUAUAUGAUUUGUCCAAUGCUGUGACGUAACCUCCUUGAUAUGAGCUGCAGUGUUGUAGACGUCCCCGCUGCCCCAAUGGGAGGUUAAUACAUAGACUUUAGUAUCCAUGUUACGUACUACAUCGGCGUGGCCUUCAUCAGAACAUUCAAACAUUCUCUGUGUCUGUGCGUCAAUUGUGCGUCACGUAUAAAUGUAUUUACUGGUUUUAUUACCAGCUAGCCAAUAAAAACGUGUUGGCUGUAAGAACAAAGCAGUUUGCCGAUCGACAACAGACCGAACGGCGCACAACAGCAUAUUUUAUAUCUUGUUUUCACGCCAUCCAUCACGACGUGACGGUGGAACGUUGUGCGGUUUCUGACCGGGGGCGAUGAGACGGAUUUCACCUGGGCGGCGUUUCUCUUUGUUGCAUUGCGAGCUGGGACAUUUUAACGUGCGCGUUAUCUAAACGCUUUCCAGUGUUCGCCCGCGGCAUCGGCGGGCCAACGUUUUGGGGUAAUCGACCAAAUACCUUCAACCGAUGACAUUGCUUGGUGAUUUUAAUGGGAGGUAUUAUCAUACACGACCAGUGUUGGUUACAAAGUAGCGCAGUACUGUAAUUCCACUACUUUUACCGGUAACGAGCAUGCAACUAAAAUAAAUUAACGCAGUUACAAUUACUGAAAUUGAAAUGUUCCUCUCUUUGGUGACGCGAAGCGGCCGGCCGGCAAAUAGUAAGUAAACAGCUGCCUGUCGGCACUAAACAGUUGUGUCACCAAACGUUGUGCGUCGAGUCCGACACCUGAAACAGUUAUUCUGUAUUAAGUUAAGUAUUAAAAGGGACUUUUGUACUAUUUCUUGAUUUGGAGGCCUGUUGAUUACAAUAAAUAGGUCUAAAAAAUAUGUUUAUUGUGUUUGACUGUUCAGUACCAUUUAUAUUCAUUGCAUUUAAAAAGCAUAAAAGUUACUUAAAAGUUUCAUUCCAGAGUAACUAAUUACUUUUGAUACACAGUAACUGGUGAGUAAUUCAAUCACCUUUAAAAGAAGUAACUAGUAGCUGUAACUAAAUACUCAUUUUCAGUAACUUGCCACACUGGUUGAGUAGUUUUGAGAAUAAACUUUUAAAUGUA